UCAGUUUCAUUUCAACAAGUAGCCAACAAAGAUGUUCUCCCAUAAGUGCGGAUCACUGUUGCUCCUUGUAGCCUGCUGCUUAGUGACCCUGGGCGCCUCCUAUCGUCAGCCACAUCCCGAGGCAUUCCAGGCCAAUCCGGAGGAUCUGCUCGAAGUGGUGCCCCUGGUUCGCCGGGCUCGAUCGCCCGAGGGAGGAUCCGUGGUUGUGACCGCCAGCAAGGACAACCAAGUGGGUCGGGAGGCCAGUGUGCAGUACAACUACAAUCUGUACAGCAGUGGCGAUGGGCGUGGCAGCAUCGACGCCUACGCCCAGGCCAGCCGGAAUUUCGACUUCAAUCGGAACGACUACGGUGGCGGCAUUCGGGGCACCUGGCGAUUCUGAGCGGGAGCAGCAGUAUUAAAUUGUGACGGAUCCUCCUCCGCGGAGCCCACUGAAGCCGGCGAAGCCCAAAGAUCUUUGCGCCUGACCAAAACAAACAGUAGCCGAUGCAUCGGCUAUUUACUCAAAGUAACUCAACUGAAGAAACAACAUUCGGGGGCAGGCAAUCCAUCAGACUGCAGUGAAACAUACUCUUCAUAUUUAUAAG